AGCAGGCAACCAGCAGCCGGCAACCAGCAGCCGGCAACCAGCAGCCGAAAUGACACCUUGUUGAUGGUGCCGAGCGAAAGCGACAGGAGCGGGACAAGCGAGAGAGCCAAGACAGUGCUCGAUAUGGAAAGCGGCCGAAUACAGCCUCAGCGAAGACGUUCAACUUGUCGAAUGGCUCUAUGCCAUGAAAGAGGACAAUGGGGCCCUCAUAUCCUUUAUCCUGUGACGCCUGUAAGUGGGUACCACAGGUCACAUGGUCUGUCUGUCUGUCUGUCUGUCUGACAGUGUCUGUCUGUCUGUUGUCGCUCUCAGGAAACACCCGCAGGAAGGCUCCAAAGGACCCUGACUGUGGCACUCGCCGCCAUUCUCAUCGGCAUACCGGCCUUCGUUAUCUUCACAGCCAAAGCAGAGAAAGCCAAAUCUAACUGGGAGAAGUGGGCUGAUGAUAUCGUUAAGCGCUACAGUGAGGAAAACAAGCGUGAAAGCGUAUUGGUUCAUCAAUCCCUUAAGUUUGGCAGCAGAGGUGGCCUGUGCGGCGCGCCGCCCGAGCUGUCGGCCAUCAUUGACGACGGCUUCUCGUCGGAGGCCGAGCUCGAUGCGCUGAACAAGAGGGCCAUGCGCACCAAGCGCAACGUGCGCACGAUACAGACAGGCAAGCAGACCACAGCGACGUGAUAGCACAUGUACCAGCACAUGGAAAUGAAGGAAUCCCUGUGUGUGUGUGUGUGUGUGUGUGUGGUUUGUUUGUGUGCAGUGAUGAAUGUGUUGGAGUCGCGCCACGAGUACGUCGAGGUGCAGAGAGUGAGGGAUCUGCUCACGUGGGCCGAUGGAAAGGGACCGCAGCCAGCAAUCCAUCCGCCACAUCAUGAGCUGCACAUGUUUGUCGUGUACACCGGAGCAAACAGCCAUAUGAUGGAACGAUUUAUCUUUCCAUCGGUGUGUGUGUGUGUGUGUAGAGCCUGACAAGAGGGCCUGGGAGCGGAAGCACCAGCGGGGCUACAUCGAGGACGAGUUGGACAACCGCUGGGAGGCCGCCCACGUGGCCGAGACCCACGAGCCGUAUGUGCAGGACCCCCUGGACCGGCACAAGUGGGAUGUGCACAUGUGGGUGGACGCCGAGCUGCUGUGCGACGCCAUGCAGCGUCAGAACCUCAAGCAGGCCACGCGAGAUCUGCUGUCCCAGACUCACUGCCGCAUUCAGGAGAUAGCAGUGGACAGACAGACACGGUCAUACGACCACUAUGUGUGUGUCUGGCUGCAGAACAUGGUGGUUGACAUGCGCAUGGAGAAGGGCGAAGACUGCAGACAGGAACUGGAGACGCUUAAGCGACUGCGGGUAAGGCUCACUCAACGCAGCUAAGGCAUGUCGAUGUAUGUCUCUCUCUCUCUCUCUGUGUGUGUGUCUGUGUGUGUGGUUUGUUUGUGUACAGGCGCUGACGUGGGGGUGUGGACAUCCCGGAGGAGUUUGUCGUACGUUUGAAUUCACGAGACAGGCACCUCAGUGCACGCACAAUGUACUAUCGUGUGGUUUAAUUGUGUGAUUUGUGUGGCUUUUCUGCAGGAGCCGUUUCGCGCAUUGCUCAAGUCCAAGCGCCUCUGGCAUAAGAUCAACGUGUCGGCAUACGACGGCCUGCAGCUGAUCCUCAUCAAAGCCACCUACCAUGUGCGCGGCCACGAGCGUGAGGACGUCAUAGAGCUGCUGACGAACAUGUGGGGCAAGGAACUCACAUGGUCCGAUGGCAACAAGACGUCGGUACGCACGCAUCCACACAUACAGCAGCGAGUACACGUGUGUCCAUCCAUCCAUCCAUCCAUCUGUCUGCCUGUCUGCCUCUUGCCUGCCUGCCUGCCGUGUGUGCAGAUCAAUAUCACACGGGCCACCGAGGAAGAGCGCUAGAAGAAGAUCUAGGAAUACUCCGAGGGUAAGUGUGCAUGGGUGUUCACACGUCUGUGUGCUGUGCCGGUCGGUCGCUCCACCGACCACGUCUGUAUCUCCUCUGUGUCGGUUGGCGUGUGUGCGUGUGUGUGUGCAGAUAACCAAUCGAAGCGCGCCAAGCUCGGCUGAUCGAUAACGAUGACGACGCCGUGUGUGUCGUAUGUAGCUCUGACUCUCUGUCUGGUGCGUGCGUGGUAUGCAUGGCUGCCUGCCUCACUGUCUUUCUUCCGGGUUUACGAGUGAAUGCACACACGUCUGUC